AUGGUGGUGCGGGUGGAUCGAGACUUCUGCAGGUGGCUGGAACACCAGGGUCUGCACGUCCUGGUCUUUGAUGCCUCGGCCCCUUCGGCUGGAGCUUCCGAGGAGCAGAUUGGUCUCAUCGGAGAGGUUCAUGUACCAUUGCUCCAACUGCUAUCGUCGCGCACUGCUCGGGUUCAGGGGAACUACCCGCUGCAUCGGCCGGGUACGCAAAGUCCUGUGGGCUACAUUGAGAUUGCCAUUGGAUGGCAGGACGAUCCCACCAGCGUCGUGGCGGGUGCAGGAGACGCGUUGGAGCCUCAAGGGACGGCGUGA